CCUCGACACUGCUGGGGGUUCAUCGCUGCUGCUGUGGUGUAGUUGUGGUCAGUGGACGGCGACGGCGACGGCGACGGCAUCCACCACGGAGGCGCUAGAGCAGGACGAGGGAGGCGGCAUCAGAGGACGGCUGCAGGAGGCGCUGGGAGGUCUAGUGUCGUCUGCUGCAACGGCCUCGCCUCAACGGGUCUUCCGAGGACUCCUCUCUAGCAAACUAGGGGCCUCCUUCACCGACACAGGAUGGAUGUCGUUGCCCAAGCGGUUCUUCGGAGGGGCAACAGCUGACGAUGGAGCCGUUGAGCAGGUGGAAUUACCGCGACUCCCAGUACCACCUCUGGAGCAGACCAUGGCCGGGUAUCUGUCCACCCUCCAGCCACUACUCACCCCCCAGCAGCUAGAGUACACCCGGGGUCUGGUCCAGACCUUCACCAGUGCCGAGGGUCCUGGGCCACGUAUACAAGAACAGCUGCUACAACGACAGCAGGCCAUGGAUAACUGGGCCUACGACUGGUGGCUACAAGACAUGUAUCUCAACAUACCACUGUGUUUGCCAGUCAACGUCAGUCCAGGCAUGGUAUUCCCUCCCAGACAGUUCCGCAGCAACGCCGACAUUGCUCGCUACGCUGCUCGUCUCGUUACACUUGCUACUCAACAUAAAAACAAAUUAGACAGGAAAGCCUUACCUUUGGAGCGGGCGGCGUCCCGAGAGAAGGGCCAGCCUCUCUGCAUGUCACAGUACUACAGACUGUUCACGUCGUACAGGGUACCAGGGACACAACAAGACAACCUCAUCUCUACCUCCCCCACCACUGAACACAUCAUUGUAACCUGCAAUGAUCAGUUGUAUGUUCUGUACCUGCGGAAGGAUGGUACAGGAGAUCGGUUGUCAGAGGAGCAGCUGGCCUCACAGUUUGCCCACAUCUUGACCACAGCGCCUGGGAAGUCCAUGCCUGUGGGUAUCCUCACAUCCCAGCGACGUGACCAUUGGGCAGAGAGCCGCGAGAUACUCAUAAGAGACGAAAAGAAUCGCCAGAACCUAGAGCUUAUAGAAAACAGCCUUCUAGUUAUUUGUCUGGACCAAAAGCCACUGAGCAGUAAGUUCAACCGCAAAGCAGGGCCAAAAGGAGCGGACGGACACCGUGGCGAGGGUAGAGACGAAACCAACAUGGCACAUCAGAUGCUGCAUGGAGGGGGAAGUGCGUUCAACUCAGGGAACAGAUGGUUCGACAAAACAAUACAGUUGGUGCUGUGUCCGGAUGGUGUGUGUGGUUUGUGCUACGAGCACUCACCAUCAGAGGGUAUCGCCGUCAUACAGCUGAUGGAGGAUUGGCUAGAUGCCUGCAAAGAUCUGGGACCAGGCAAGACAUCCAUCCCUCCAUCAUGUACUGCACUACGGCCUCUGCGAUGGAACCUGGACACUACUCUAGAGAAACACAUCAGGGACGCUUCCCACUCCAUUGACAAUUUGGUUGAAGAUUUGGAUUUUUACGUCUAUCGGUUCAACGGAUAUGGUAAAGACUUUAUCAAGUCCUGCAACGUUAGUCCUGAUGCUUACAUCCAACUUGCAUUACAGCUGGCUUAUUACAAAUUAUACAAGAGACUGACAGCAACAUACGAGAGUGCGUCAACACGUCGUUUCAUGUUGGGACGUGUGGACUGCAUCCGCUCAGCCACCAGCGCAGCUCUACAAUGGGCAGCAGCUAUGAGCCAAUCAGAAGAGACCUCCUCUAGCAGCUCAGAUCCUCUCCAUCCAAAUAGAAGAGUCACCUUCAGCAUAUACUCGGAUUCGGAGAAGUUAAAAUUCUUUGAUGAGGCAGUGAAGAGCCAAACAGACAUUAUGGUGGCCAAUAUUCUGGGUCAGGGUAUAGACAUACAUCUGUUGGGUCUCCGAGAGCAAGGCAAAGAGAUGGGCCUGCAGCUAGAGUUGUUCUCCGAUGAAGCAUACAAGAUAGCCAACCACUUUGCUCUCUCCACCAGCCAGGUAGCCACUAAGUCAGACAGUUUCAUGGGCUAUGGACCAGUGGUGCCUGACGGUUAUGGCGCCUCUUACAAUCCAAAAGCCUCACAAAUCAUUUUCUGCAUUUCUGCCUUUUACUCCUCUGAGACUACAAAAGCCUCUAGAUUUGCCCAGAGCGUCGAAGACAGCCUUAACGCCAUGCAAACUCUUCUCAUGCAGCGCCAGAAAUAAAUCCUAUCAUUUAUUUAUUUUACUGUAACGUAUUAAUUUUUUCUGGGUAGUGGUAGUACAUGUAUGGAUGUCCAAAUUAGUAUUUUCAAACUUACAAUAAUGAAAAAGUUAUGUUCCAUAUUGGCAAUAGACCACAAAAUUAUUAGCUGUAUAUGUAAUGACACAGAACCAAUAUACAGAGUGUCCCAUAAGUAAGUACAAAGAAUUAAGGAAUAGGUUUAUUGGGUCAAAAUAAAACGAAAAUCAAGAAUAACAUUUUUUUCUGAAAAUGUCUCAUUAGUGAGAUAUCCGCCAUUUUUUAUUUUUUUAUUUAUAUCUCAAGAACUAUUAAUUAAGAUACAUUUACGAAAUCACAAUGUUAUUAAGUCAUAAUGUGUUAAAAAAAUAAUCAUAAAAAAGAUUUUUUUUGUUUCAAAAUGGGGGCCUUAUUAGUUUUAUAUAACUAAAAUUGCUAAAGAAAGGCUGUUUUUAUAAAAAAAUUAAAAUGACACUUUUAUUUAGUAUUCAAAAUGUUCUAUCAAACUACACCAAGUGUAAAAAGAUCAAAUAAUAAAUAGCUGAGAAAUAAUGAUUAUUAGUUGUACAUUCGUGGUAACAAAAGGCCUUGGAUUCAGGAUUCACCUAAUUUAGUAAUUUUGCACACAAAAUUUGUGUCAUUAGAAACAUCGACACCAUAAGUGUACACUACCAUUAGGAAUUAAAAAGUAUAGGGUUUUAAUAUUAUUUUUAAAAUAUUUAAUUCUAUACUGUAUUUCACAGUAAUCCAAAGGAAUGUUUAUUUAAAAUCAGUUAUGGUUGCUUGAUUUUUUUCUUUAAUUGGAUUACACUUCUUUACAUUUGUGAUCCUUACAUUUUACCUGUAAUGUAUACAGUAUAGUCAUAAAAUGUUCUGUGUUCUAGUGAAGCAUUUUAGUACAGUAGGUACCAUAGUGUUCUAAUGAAGCAUAUCAAAUUGCCUAAAUAGAGUAAUGUAUUGUAAUUGUAAUGUAAACAUAUCAACUCGGUGCUCAGCUUGUGUGUAGACCAAGGAUACAAACAUAUCAUUCCAUACAUAUCAUAGAUUUAAGCUUACAAAACAUAUCACAGCUGUAAAUAGAAUAUUUACGGAGAAUAUAACCAUAUGAUUAUAGACUAUAGAAUUUAUGAAGAAUAUUGUUUAGGAAUACCUAGUCGUGUAAAUUUUGUUAAGCAAAACAUUUAGAAGUUAAGUUUUUAAGCUUAACGUAAGCAAAAAACUCGCUUAUAAAUAAUUAAUUUUUAAAUCGUUACCUUCUGAGUGUGAAUAUGGUAAAUAAAACUUGAAUAUAGAGUUGCUUGAAUAUUUUUCAAAUAUAUGAAUGUUUUCAAUUGUAACAUUGUUAUCUUUAUAUUAUUUUUGUAACAUUUAAUAACUAACUAGAUUUAUUUUAUGUUAUUUAUCUAAAUAUUUUAAUGUUUGUUGAUACUGUUUCUAAAAGUGUUUAUUGAUCAAACUGUGAUUGAAACUUCUUCAAAAAUAUAAAAUAUAUUUAUUUUCUAAUCUUAUUGUUAUUUUCAACAAUAGCUUGAUAUUGUAUAUCAGAGAGCAAGUUGUAGGAACAUUCCUUAAACUACCAAUGUCAAAAUAUGUGUAUUUUUCAUAGUUUGUAGUAAUUUAUUUCAGCUUUGAAGCAUAAAUUGGGAGCUUAAUACUAUGUAACAUAAGUUACCAAGUUUUGAAAUGUUUAUAACUGAUUUCUUGUUAUAUCAAAAUAUGUAUAUUAGCGUUAUAUUUGUAAAAUUCAAUUUUAUUGUCCAUUUUAGGGUUUAUUCUUGUUAAAUUUCUUAACUUUAUGCAAUCUUAAUUCUUGAAAGUUAAAAAAAUGUAAAUCUACGUUAUCAUUUUUGAAACUUAUAAUAUACAGUAAUUAUUUUACUGUUGUUAUUACAUGUGUAACAGGAGAAUUUCCCUAUAGUUGCCUUUAGUCUGGGAUUAAGAUUGGUUUGGUCAAAACAAUAUUGUUAGAGGAUCUUGAUGCCUACCUCUGUAAUAAGAUUGAUGACUUAAGAUAAGUAAAUCAGGUUCAUGGGUUUGGACCGCUUUCCCAUAAAAGCGUUUGACUUACUUCAUUACAAAAAUGCCACUGGCUUAAUAACAAACAAAAGAAAAAUCUAAUUAUUCCCGUCAUAAAUCAAUUCUGGAGGCAAUGAUAAAUCAAUGACAGUUCUACAUGUUUACAUUGAAGUUAUCAAACCAAAAAUGUCUUUGUGAGUUUCUCAUUGUUGCCAUGAAGACCAUGAUCAGAAUCAAACACUUUUAAAAGCCUCACUUCAAUUUUGAAUGCCCACGGGGCGGUCAGAAAUAUCAAAAUGGGAAUAGUUAAAAAUAAAUACUGGCUGCAAUAGCUGUAUUUCUGAAAUUUAAACUCAGUCUGUUUACCAAGUACAGGCAUAUAAACACGUAUGACCUCUUCUUUAUAAUAAACUAGCAGAGUACGGUAUCCUCCGUCCUUUGUGCGGGUUUGGCGUAUAAGUAUAAAAUGCUUAUUGCAGCUAUACUCGUGCUCUGGGUUUUCAUUUUCAAUGGUGGAGGACAAGGUUUGAGAAAAUUUGGUUUUUUAAAUUUACGGUUUGCUAUAGUAUUAACAUAUUUACUAUAGACCAUAGAUCUACCAUAAAUUAUCAAACAUUUGCACAAUAUCACAAAUUAUUUAUUAAAUUAAAAACAUAAUCAUAACCGUAAACAAUCCUACUUUGACAGUUCUCGUUGUGUAUCAUAGCUUUUUUACUUGCUUAGUUUAAAUUAGCUGUUGUCAUAGAUGCAAAAAAAUUAAUAGUUCUACACCCUGUUGGUAAACCUUGUAACUUUUGAAUGCUAUUAAAUCAUAGAACCAACUUGUUUACCGUACUUAAAGCAGCUAGCAAAAUUCUUUAAUUCCGUUUAAAUAUGAAUUACUCAUAAGAAUACAAAAUUUUGAACCCCCAUGAGGCAUAGCCCUAAAGGAUUUUCAAAAUUUUUAUAUGCCUAUGUGUUUCUCAAGUAUCAAGUCUUCUCAACCUAUCAACCUCUCUGCAAAAUGUCAGCACAAUCGGUCCAGUAGUUUUCAGGUGAUGCAACUUCAGAGUUAUACACAAACAUCCAUACAGUGAUAAUAUUACAUAGGAUUAUAAGUAUGAUAUUAUUAUUAUUAUUAAUUGAUAAAUUAUAUGAUAAUUAUAAUUAUUUCCAGCAUUCUUAGUGAAAGAGUAAUUUCUGUUAAGCGUCAAAGAAAGUUUUUAUGUAAUUGUUGAAAGUUGAGCCUUGUUAAAAGUUUUUAUGCUAAAAUGGUCUAAAUUGUCUUGCUCCAUAUAAGUCCAGAAAUAAGUUUUAAGUCAUUUGCUUUUUACCAAAACAUGUCUUAGGUCUUAAACGUUUUCACCCUCUGAAGAUUGUCUGUUAAAUUUACCAUUAUUGACAUUUUAUUCAAUGUUUACGUAACAUCUUUAAAUGUUUAUCUAAUUAUUUGUUAGAGAAGCGACCAAAAAUUAAUACUACGUAAUGCUUGCAUUUAUUAGCUAUAACAACUUGUAAAUGUUGUAUAUUAGUGCAUAUUACAUUAUUAAUUGUAUAGUAACAGUAAAUAUUACAAAACAAAGAGGUAGCAAUACUUGUAUUCUACAAUGAUGAACAAGAGGUAAUAUUCCCUUCCUGGUGUUUUUAUAAAUUUGUAUUUAAACAAAUGAAUCUCUUUUGAGUUUUAAAUUCUAUGUUAGAUAACACUUUCCUUGAAAAUAUGACAUUACAGUCUUGUAUAUUUUCAUUGUAAAUAUUAUUUAGCUAGUAAUGUACACUCAAUGAGAAAUAAGGACCAAUCCAUCUUUGCUUAGAAAUAUAAUUUAAAAUUUUAUAAAAACCACCUACCAUGUGGUACAUUUGAUUUUGCAAUGUACUUUUGGUAUUAUCGUUUUUGUGCUUUUGUAGUUACACUAGUAUCCAACUUUAGAGAUUUCUGUAAAUUAACCAGUUACAAAAAGAUAUUAUAAAUAUUGCUUGCUGAAAUGUCAAUCUUUCACUCAGUAUAGAGUUUGUGAGUGCUCUAAUGGAAGGAAAUGUCAACCUAAUAAUUUUGUAUGAAUCUCAACUCACCUACCUAAAUUUACCUCCUAAAUUUUGCUACCUUUAAAUUUGUAUCACAAAGCAAGGUACAAAAAAUGUCGGUAGCAAACUUUCCAGACUCUCUAACCCUAGUGGAAGACAUCAAUAGAAAUCAAUAGAAAAAAUCUAUUGAUAUCACUAGAUGCUUAGUGAUAUCAAUAGAUGUUCAUGGAUAUCAUUACAAGUAAAUACAAACAAAUAGACAUCACUGAAAACUUAGUCAAUACAUAUCACUAGACAUCUAUAAACAUAGAAUAUAUCAAUAUAGAUCAUUAGAGCAAACAAAUCGUUCAUUGAUAUCAAUAGAGAAUAUUUUUUUAAUAUGUUAGAUGUAAAUAUAAAUCAAUAGACAUCAAUACGGGUAAAUAAAAUUCAAAAUACAAUCUCUAAAAUGAAUCACAUAUGAGCAUUAACAAAAUAUCAAUGUAAAGUGUAAAUAAACAGUAAUAAAAAUGUUAUUUUUUGAAAAAAAGGAAAAACUCUAGUUUUAGGUCAUUAUAGACGUUAGCUGAGGUACCUAAUACUCAAUAUAAUUUAAAAAUAUAUCAUUUUAAAAUUGUUGUAAAACAGUUACAACUUGUAUUAAAUCUUAUUUUUUAAACUGCCAAAAACUGAUUGCUAAACAAUUUUAAAAUUGUUGUAAAUCAGUUUACAACUUGUAUUAAAACUAAUUUUUUUAAACUUAAAAAAACUGAUUGUAAAACAAUUUUAAAAUUGUUUCAAUCUUAUAUCAACAUUGUUGUAAUAUGAAGUUUAAAUCAAAAUGUUUUAAAAUUGUUAUAUAACAAUUGUAAUACAGCUUUUGACAACUUUUAACAAUUUCUUUUAAUGGGUUAUUGUUAGGGAUAAAAAUCACUCACAAAUUCAUCAUUGAAUUCCUUAUUUCUAGAAAUCAAUAAAAAUAAAUUGUAUUGACACUAUUCACAUCACCCAAGUAGCAAGAAAACAGUUUGAACUGGUAAUAAAACAGUUUUGAAACAUGUAAAGCAUAAUUACAUGCAUGCUUGAAAUGACACUAAUGCCAUUGAAAAAUCUUUCAAGUUCUAUUAUGAGGCCUAACACAGCUUCUCGCAUUCAAAGUGGCUAUCAUUACUAAAUCAGAUAUGAAGUGUUCGUGGCGUAACGGCUUAGACAGCCGGCUACCAUGCUGGAGUCCCAGGUUCAAAUCUCGGGAACUUUUUGACAAGAAUUUUUUUACUUUUUCAUUGUUAUUUUAUUUUUAGUGCAUAUUAAAUGUGAUUCAAUGUGUUGAAACAAAUUAAAAAUUGUUUUUUAACAAGCUACAAAUUAUUUUCAAUUAAGCUAAUGACUCGAAUUCUAUAUUUACUUGUAUUGAUGUGUAUUGAUGUGUAUUGGCCCAAAUACACAUACGUAUCAAUAUACAAUUUUUGUAUUGAUAUAUAUUGAUCUCUUCCACUAGGGAAGUGGUAUUCUAAAACCUUGUAGGUGGAAUUUUUUUUUUAUACUCUGAAUUUCUAGUCUUACUGAGAAGUCCUAUAGGCUAUACAAGUAUUACUACUUCUAGCACCGCUGUGUAGUGUAGGUAGGCUAGUAGAGCUGGCAUGCGUGUAUUAGCAAUAUGUAUUGUAGUAUAUGUAAUAUACUCGUAUUUGGUCCUGUUCAGUUUAAAUUUGAAGAAAACUUGUUAAAUGUUUUAGUGGAUCGUAUUGAAUGUUGUGAAAAUACAGCAAACUGGUCAAUAGCCAUUAAACUUACAUAUAAUUAAUACAAUUAUAUCCCAGCCAUAGUAAAAGACAUAAUUAGUAAUUUAACAAUUGAAUUAACCUUUGUUUGACUAACUCACAGUAGACAAAUGUCUGAGCUUGCUGGUGUAGAUAUUGUGGCUAUGUAUAUAAUGUCUGUAUCACUUGUUGAAUGUUAGAUCUCAGUCGACUAGGAUCGCUGGGGGCCCGCACAGUCUCUCUAGUCCAGCCACUUUGGCACCUCUAGAUUCUUGCACUCUAUUUUUACACUGCUGAGCCUAUCAAGUCAGAGAACAAAUCUUGCGAGUUUAAAAUAUUUUCACCGUUUCCAAUUUGUUAUUAAACUAGUAAAAUGAAAUAAUUAUUUUGACUGUGAAAACUACAUUCUGGUUUGUCCUUGUUUCGCACCUAUGUAUUUAUUUUAAGAAAUUUUAUCAAACAAACCCACUUGAAAAUAUUAAAAUCCUAUUUUCAGGUAAACAUUUGUAAAACAAAACUUUAUAUUUUGCUAUUAGGGCAAAUGCUGUGGAACGUAUAGUUAUUUGUUUUUUGAGGUAAAACUGUGUGUUGGUAUUUUUAUUCUGCUUCUUUAGACCAACUGCUUUAAGACUUGGAACUGUUAAGCUCCAUGAAACGAUUGUUUUCAUAUAAGUGUUGAUUAAGUUCACAUACUUUUAGAAAUUUUAUUGUUGGAUUUACCACUAAUUGAGUUUCUAAAAUAAAUAGUUUUUAAAAUGUACAACAUUUUAUUGAUUUUUUGAUAAUUUGUUAACUUACUAUUUCCACCCAAACAGAAACUUAGCAGUGCAAAAGUAUUUAGAGUUCGCUUGAAUCUCUCUUUACUUGUAACUAUGUAAAUGUUAACCUUAAGUGGUCAAUUUGUGAGCUGUAAUUUGACAAAUAUAACUUAUGUUUUCUG